AUGUUCGACUUACAGAAUUGCUUUUCAUAUUUAUUCGAACGUAUAUCACGUGCUUUUGCAGUUACUCCAUCGCGACGAAGAUUUUCCUCUAUUGCACUUGAUCAAAUUAUUGAGUGUACCAUAAACAAGUACGGAAAUGGAAAGAGUGAUAGCAAUGGUAGAUUAAAUGAAGCAAUGAUAAAUGACUGGACUGGUUCAUUUGCUUUUCGUGCUCUGGCUGCAUUGACUUUACAUGAAAUAUGCAGUGUUAAAACUGGUGAUAAUUCUAUUGAUUCUCACGUAGAAUGCUCGUUGAAUCGACAAAUUUUAGAUGAUGAUGAUUUAUCAAUGAUAGUCAAAAAGCUCAGUCAAGAAAAUCCUUUUAGUAUGAUUAAUGUUGAAUGUCGUAAAGUACAAUCUGGUCUUAUAAUACAUAAUGGCAAUAAAGGCUCAUCAAAUUCUGAAAAUAUUGAAGAUUUUAACACUUUGGUUAAAAAAACUGAUGACGAAAUCCGUAAAACAAUUAUUAUUGCUCAACAAAGAAAUAUUAAACAAUUAUCACAAUUAUUUCAACGUGAAUUUUUACCAGUACUGUUUUCUCUCUGCAAUAGUACCAGUAUUAAUUUAUUAAAUCAACAAACAAAAGUUAAAGUUGUCGAUUUCUUAAACAAAUUGGUUCCAUCAUCGUUCUACUCGUCAUGUCCAACCUCAACAAUUGAAAGUGCUGUCGUCAUUGAUGAUACAAGUCUUUUAGAAACAAAACCUCAACCUGAUGUACAAACUAUACGACAGUAUGCUAAUCAGUUACUCGGAAAUGAUAUUAAAAAUCUAUUUAAAACAUAUGCAGAAAAAUGUAUUUAUAAUUUAAAAGCUGAUGAUAAAUUAGAAUCUCCAUUUUCAAAGCUUGUUUGUUCACAUGGUGCAGCCUUCACUACUUCUAUUAAAGUAUGUUGGAUGGAACAGAAAUUAAUUGGACUAUUACUUAAAGAUCGGCCUCUGGUGGUUGGUGGACCUGAUGAGAUGGCAAUAGAAAUUACAAAAUGA